AUGUCCUCCAAUUCAAAUUCUAAUAGAAAAAGAAAGAAAUCCCCUGUGCCACCAAAUCAAGGAAGUAAAACUUCUGCUGUAGCUACCCAAAAUAAUUUACAACAACAAUUAAUUGUUCAACGUGUGCAAACUACUAGUAAUCAGACAAAUGUAGCAGGGGGACAACAAAAUCAACAAAUAAUCCAGACAACUAAUUCUGCGGAACGACAAAUACUGGAACAGGAGAUAGCAGAAAAAAGAAGAAACCGUGCUAUAACUCAACCUGAAAAUUUACAUUUGUUGAACUUGAUUGAUCCUGCCACCAAUUUAACAAAUACGGACGUACUCAUGUUGCGAUGGCAAAAGAAAUUAUUUUUGGAGCUAAAAGGGGUCGUGGUGUUUGUCAAACGCGCCCCUACAAGUAAAAACGGGUGGGAUAGAGGAGACUUAAUCGUACAGCUGGGACAAGAACACGAAAAAGAACGUGUGGCAGUUUUUGGCUGGAAUGAAUACGCUGGGAUUUUGGCAACUGCAAAUCUUAAUGAUGUAGUUGUAAUGAGAAAUUUGAUCGUUGUUCCGGAAGACUCUGUACGUGUGAAAUGGUCCGGAUCAAUUGAGUUCAAAUUGAAGUUUGUGAAAGGUUCUACUAUGAAUAUUGAAGGGCGUGGUCAAAUAAAUGUUAAUCAAGACGCGGUGAUUGGCAGAGGUAAUUAA